AUGGCGCUGUUCGACCGGAACCAGCGGCAGCGGUCGCCGCUCUGCUCGACGGCGACCUUCGUCGCGUUCGCCGCGCUGUGCCUCCUCGGCCUCUGGGUGGCGUCCUCGCCGGAGGCCGUCGUCCCGGCAGCCAUCUCGCUGGCGUCCGCGGAGAAGGCCGCCGCCGCCAGGGCCGACGUCAGGGAGGAGGACAGCUCCAUCGACGCCACCAACACCGUCAAGCAGGGCAGCGCCAACGUCGUGGCGGAGACCACCGCCGCCGCCGCGGCCGGGGACGCCGCCAAGGGGGACCAGACGUUCGACGACGAGAACGGCAGGACGGAGGGCGGGGAGGUCGUCAAACCCGGGUCCGGCGGCGGCGGCGGCGACACGGAGAAGGGCGCCGAGGAGGCGGCCGCGGAGACCGACAACGCUAGUAAGGACGCCGCGGGUGGGCUGGACGCCAAGGAGACCGGCGCCGAGCAGGCGGCGGCGACCGACACCAAGGAGAGCGGCGCCGCCGUGGCGGGCCGCGGCGGCAUGGCCAAGAACCUGACCUUCGAGUUCGACGACGAGAACGGGAAGAUGGACGGCGUCGACCUGGUGAAGGACGACGGCAACAAGACCCGCAUCUCGGAGGAGAGCGCCAAGGUCGAAGGAGCCGCGCUGACGGUGAAGCCGGUGGGCAAAUCGGCGGCCGCGGCGGCCACAGACACCGACUCUGCCAGCACGGCGAGUUCCGACGAGGAGAAGAGGCAGCAGGACGGCGGCGAGCAGCAGCUUCACGCGGCGGAGGCCGCCCUGCCGACCGUCCAGGCGGAGCUGCUCACGGAGCGCGCGGCGCAGAACGGGUCGUUCACGACGCAGGCCGCCGAGUCCACGGAGGAGAAGAAGAACCGCGCCGAGACGACGAAGAAGAAGAAGGGCAAGAAGGGGAAGAAGAAGCCGGCGGCCGGCGGCGGCACCGCGUCGUCGGCGUCGGCGGCGUGGAAGCUGUGCAACUCGAGCGCCGGCGCGGACUACAUCCCGUGCCUGGACAACGAGGCGGCCAUCCGGAAGCUCAAGACGGACAAGCACUACGAGCACCGGGAGCGGCACUGCCCCGCGGCGGCGCCGACGUGCCUGGUGCCGGCACCGCCGCAGUACCGCGACCCGAUCCGGUGGCCGCACAGCCGCGACAAGAUCUGGUACCACAACGUGCCGCACACGGGGCUGGCCGAGUACAAGGGCCACCAGAACUGGGUGCGCGUCUCCGGCGAGCAUCUGACGUUCCCCGGCGGCGGCACGCAGUUCAAGCACGGCGCGCUCCGGUACAUCGACCUGAUACAGGGCGCGCUCCCCGCGGUGGCGUGGGGGAGGCGCAGCCGCGUGGUGCUCGACGUCGGCUGCGGCGUGGCCAGCUUCGGCGGCUACCUCUUCGACCGCGGCGCGCUGACCAUGUCGCUGGCGCCCAAGGACGAGCACGAGGCGCAGGUGCAGUUCGCGCUGGAGCGCGGCAUCCCGGCCAUCUCCGCCGUGAUGGGCACGCAGCGGCUGCCAUUCCCCGGCGGCGUCUUCGACGUCGUGCACUGCGCGCGGUGCCGCGUGCCGUGGCACAUCGACAGCGGCAUGCUCCUCCUCGAGCUCAACCGCCUGCUCCGCCCCGGCGGCGUCUUCGUCUGGUCCGCCACGCCGGUGUACCAGAAGCUGCCCGACGACGUCGAGAUCUGGGACGGGAUGACGAAGCUCACCGCGGCCAUGUGCUGGGAGAUGGUGGCCCGGACCAAGCACACCGUCGACGACCAGGUCGGCGUCGCCAUCUUCCGAAAGCCGGAGAACAAUGCCUGCUACGACAAGCGGCCGCAGAAGGAGCCGCCGCUGUGCGAGCCCUCCGACGAUCCCAACGCGGCAUGGAACAUAAAGCUGCGGGCGUGCAUGCACCGGGUGCCGGAGGACCCGGCGGUGCGCGGCGCGCGGUGGCCGGCGCCGUGGCCGGCGAGGCUGGGGAAGGCGCCGUACUGGCUGGACAGCAGCCAGACGGGGGUGUACGGGAAGCCGGCGCCGGAGGACUUCGCGGCGGACCAGGCGCACUGGAGGAAGGUGGUUCGGAGCUCGUACCUCGCCGGCAUGGGCAUCGACUGGGGGAGCGUCCGGAACGUCAUGGACAUGCGGGCCGUCUACGGCGGGCUCGCCGCCGCGCUGUGGGAGAUGAAGGUGUGGGUGAUGAACGUGGUCACCAUCGACUCGCCGGACACGCUGCCGGUGAUCUACGAGCGCGGCCUCUUCGGGAUCUACCACGACUGGUGCGAGUCCUUCAGCACCUACCCGAGGUCCUACGACCUGCUCCACGCCGACCACCUCUUCUCCAAGCUCAAGCCCAGGUGCAAGGUUCUGCCGGUGGUGGUGGAGGUGGACCGGAUCCUGAGGCCGAACGGCAAGCUCAUCGUGCGGGACGACAAGGCGACGGUGGACGAGAUCCAGAGCGUGGUGAGGUCGUUGCAGUGGGAGGUCAGGAUGACCGUGUCCAAGAACAAGGAGGCGAUGCUGUGCGCGAGGAAGACGACGUGGCGGCCCACGGAAGUCGAGACCAGAUGA